UUGAAUAUUCGUAUUUACCCUCAGGGUAAUUAGUACGUGCAUAGUAAUGGCAGAUGUUUUCGUUUGAGCAGAUCAUUGCAAAUACUGAAUGUGUUUUUGUGAAUUAGCAUUGAAUCGGGCUGGGAGCUCGCACGAAGGUAUGCGAGAAUCCCGUAAUGUUCAUCGACAAGGAGUGAGCGAGUUUGAAUGUACUCCCGUUGAAGUGAGUCGAGAGAAGAGAAAUGGUGAAGAAUGGAACCUGGUUAUAAUGCGGAAAGCAAAUGAUGGUGCCAAAGUGAAAAUGACGUACAAAGAAAUUGCUGAUGUUGGUAAAGGGACAUUCGGAACUGUGAGAAAGAUGAUUACUUUUGAGGGCUCAACAUUUGCUCUCAAGUGUCUCGAGCAUGACCCAAGAUACAAAAACCGGGAAAUCUCCAUUAUGAAAGAAUUGGACCACUGCAAUUGCUGUCGUCUAUUUUACUACUUUUCAGAACAAAUAGACGAAGGAACCGCUGACCUGCGCAUUAACCUCGUUAUGGAAUUCAUGUCUGACAAUUUAGCAGCACUUUUAUAUAAGUACCGACGAACAGGGGAUGAAAUCCAUCCCUUCAUGAUUCAGCUCUACCUCUACCAGUUGUUGCGCGGCACCGCGUAUAUGCAUUCGAAGAAAAUAGCCCACAGAGACAUUAAACCGCAAAACAUUCUCAUUGAGACAUCGACGUCGUUGUUGAAGCUGUGCGACUUCGGUUCAGCAAAAAUGCUGAAUGAGGGUGAACCGAACGUCGCGUACAUCUGUUCCCGCUUCUAUCGAGCGCCUGAAUUAAUCUUGGGUAACACAAACUACGACGUGUCAGUGGAUACUUGGGCGGUGGGCUGUGUAUUCGCUGAACUGUACCUUCUCAAGCCACUAUUUCUUGGCGACUCGAGCAUAGAUCAGCUAACUGAAAUCAUCCGCGUACUCGGGACGCCGACAGCAGAACAAAUGGAUAAACUUCAUCCAAGAUUUCCUAAAAUGCUGAAGAAACGCGAACCGAUGUCGUUAAGUAAAGUUCUAAAGAACAAACCAACGCCGAAAGCGAUACACCUGCUAACGAAAAUGAUACAGUACACGCCCGACUGCCGCAUUCGUUGCUGGGAGGCAUUAGCCGAGCCAUUGUUUGAUGACCUUCGGCGUGUGGGAGCGAGGCAGCCAGAUGGGCGACCGCUACCCAACCUCUUUGACUUUACGCCUAGGGAACUUGAACAGAAUCCUGUACUGAAUCAGCUGCUCGUCCCAGCUGAGUCUGGAGCCGAGAUUCAGCAUUCGAAGAAAAAAAAAAGUCGAAAGGAUAAGCGAGAGAAGCCUAGCGGUAUGGUGGGAUGAAUGCGAAUGAAGGCGUCGUCAAUCGAACUGGGUUAGCAAUCACGAAAAGUCACGUCCCGUAUACGCUGGGUGUCCUUCCAUUCCAAGGAGAUUGACGUCAUGGUCAGUGGUACGAACUAAUCGCAAGACAGUCCUUUAGCAAAGACGGUAUUUUAAAAAAGAAGAUAAUCAUAAUAACAGAGUAAUUGGCGGUAGAGUGAAUUUUUGAAAUUAGUGCCAAAUUGAUAAAAGUAGAAAGAACAAUUUACGUGGACGGUGGGCAAACAGUUUCGCAUGGUAAGCGUGUCAAGGCUACGUUGAGAGAAUAGCUGCAAUAAA